UUUUUUGUUUAGGAUUGUCAGAUAUCAAAGCAUUGAAUUCUAAAGCAUUCAAGUCUCUCCCUUUUGUCCUACCAACAAGGGAAAAAAAUGGGAAAGCUUCUUGUGAAUAUUUUUCUAGUAACACUGUUGGUGGCUUUGGGGAGCAAUGUUGAAGGAUUUGGGGUGAAUUGGGGUGACAUCUCCUCCCACAAGCUGCCUCCUAAAGAUGUGGUCAAAAUGUUGCAAGAAAAUGGCAUUAAGAAAGUGAAGCUUUUCAAUAAUGAUGAUACCGUCUUGAAGGCCUUGGCUGGAAGUGGUAUUGAGGUCAUGAUUGGCACCCCCAAUUCACUCCUUAAGGAUUUGGUCAAUCCCGAUGUAGCCAAGAAAUGGGUUAAAGAAAAUGUCACCCGUUAUGAGCCAAAGUCUCCUAAAGGAGUUAAUAUCACACUUAUAGGUGUUGGUAAUGAACCAUUUUUGAGAGAUUACAAGGACACACUGACAAAUGUGACAGGGCCAGCGUUGGAGAACAUGCAAAAUGCACUAAAUGACGCUGGACUUGGUGACACCAUCAAGGCAACUGUACCUCUAAAUGGUGAUGUUUACUUGUCAUGGAAUCCUGCCCCCUCUAGUGGAUAUUUUCGCCCUGACAUCGCCGAUCCACUCAACUACAUUCUUAAGGUUUUGAACAAGAACAAAGCACCUUUCAUGGUCAAUAUAUAUCCUUUUCUAAGUCUUUUCUAUGGAAAUGGUAACUUCCCUUUUGACUACGCCUUUUUUGAUGGUGUGAGCAAUCCUCUUAAGGAAAAAGAUGGUACUGAAUACACCAAUUGCUUUGAUGCCAAUCUCGACACUUGCGCAGCUGCUCUGGCUGGAGCAGGGUAUGGGAACAUGACCCUUAUUGUGGGAGAAAUAGGAUGGCCUACAGACGGCAACCCUUAUGCCAAUGUGUCAUUGGCUCAAAAGUUUUAUAAAGGAAUUAUUUCAUAUCUCAACAAAGGAAAAGGCACCCCACGUCGCACUGGCUACACUGAGACUUACCUAUUUGCCUUAUUUGACGAGAAUCAAAAGAGCACACUCCCAGGAAACUUUGAGACACAUUGGGGAAUCUACUACGAAGAUGGCACACCAAAGUUUCAUCUUGAUCUGCAUGGAAAUAACAAGAGUCUUGUGUCCGUGCCAAACGUCGAGAAACUCUCCAAGAAAUGGUGUGUGGUGAAGCCAGAGGUUAAGAAUUUUACAGCCCUUAUGUCAUAUGUUUGUGACCGUGUUGAUUGUACACCUCUUACUGAUGGAUCAUCUUGCAACGGUCUUAAUGAAGCUGCCAAGGCUUCAUAUGCAGUUAAUGCCUAUUUCCAAUUCCAACAACAAAAAGAUGGCAGUUGUGAUUUUGAAGGCAAGGCCACAACCACCACAAAGGAUCCAUCUCAAGGGACUUGCACAUUCAAUAUUGGCUUCAAUUCACUUAAUUCUAUUUCCCCUUCUCCUUCUCCUUCUCCUUCUUCGGGUGGCUCAUCAUCUUCAGAUGCCAAGGCUCCUUCCCUAUCAUCUGCUUCUGCUUUAUCUCCAAAAUCUUUGACCUUUGCUUCCAUGGGAAUCUUCUUUCUCGCUUCACAAUUUUUCCUAUAGAUGAAUCAUAUUUAGUUAAUUAAUAAUUUGUGAUUCCACCUUCUAAAAUUCUUAGUAUUAUUUUUGGAGAGUUGAUAUGUAAAUGUAAAUUUGUUUGAAAUAAAAUGUACGAAUCAGAAGAUAGUUGCCUGAA